UAGUUAUAGCGACUUCAUUUCCUGUUAUGUUAGUGAUGAAAAUGACUGAAGAGAAUAACGACACCGAGUCUCCUAUAACAGUCGAAGAUGUUCAAAGGCUUGUCAAAAAGAAAGACGAAAUCGAAGAGCAGAUCAAAGCGUACUUUGAUAUGCUGGAAGAUCAAGGAAUGGACAUGAAGGGACCCUUGGUGGACGUGGAAGGCUAUCCGCGUUCGGAUGUGGAUUUGUACCAGGUCCGAACAGCGAGACACAACAUCUCAUGUCUGCAGAACGACCACAAAGCGAUAAUGGUGGAGAUCGAGGAGGCGCUCCACCUACUGCACGCGCGAGAAAAAUCCAAGCGAGAGCGGGACGAUGCGGAGGCCCUGGGCGAGAGCGCGACGCAGGACGUAGCUCUGCCUCGCGCGUUCGCCCGCGUGGACACCGUCACGCAGGGAUCCCCCGCUAGCCAGUCUGGCUUGCAUGUUGGUGAUGAGAUAAUUGAGUUCGGCUCUGUCAACGGCGGAAAUUUCCAGAACCUUCAGAACAUCGCCACUGUGGUCCAGCACAGUGAAGGGAAACCCCUGAACGUUGUAGUAGUUCGUGGUGGUCAGAAGGUCUAUCUGAGUUUGACCCCUCAGCGCUGGUCAGGAAGGGGCCUCCUUGGGUGUAAUGUGGUGCCUCUUCAAAGGUGAAGAAGAGCAUGUGAAUGAAGUUCUUUGCACUCUCAGUUGGUGUGGAUGGGUGUCUGUACCUAUCUGGUAAUACAAGGAAGGGCUGCACCAGAAGGCCAUGCAGCAUUGCAUUAUGGGAAAUUAAGAUGGGACAAUUGUGUGAGAUAUUAUAUGGCUUCAACAUAAAGGCUCCUUUUUUCCACACAUUUCUACAUGCAGUUAAUUUUUCCCUGACAUUUUCACUAAUGUUACAUUUUCACUCUGGGGAGUCUUAAGAGAUCUAACAUUGUUUUUUGGUUUGCAGUGACCCUUGAUUGUAAUGUAUUUCACCGAAAUAAAAUCUUGUUUGCAAUA